AUGAUGCCGGAGGGCACCAGGCAUGAGAAGAGUAAAGGUGAGAAGCCUGCGCCCAAGGGCGUCCAGUUUGGUCCAAGGAGCACGGGCGACGCCGCCGCCAAGGCUGGCGCUCAGGCCCGUCAGGCACGCGCGGGAAAACUCUCCGCGAACGUCAACACGGGGCCUGAAGCGCAGCCGGGGCCAGAAGAGGAUGACAGUGAGGAGGAGAAGGCACGUGUGGGGCCACUAAUGCCCACCGGAACUGCAGAGCCAGAUGAGUUGCCAGAGCCAGGGAAGGAGCUCGAGGAGAAGGCGGUGACUGCAAUAGGGCUGGAUCCCAAGGGCUCGCGGAUGAUCACAGGCGGGCUCGAGGGCACGUUGAAGUUCUUCGACUUCCAUGGGAUGUCCGAGGCCAAGGACGCCUUUCGCAGCGUGGAGCCGGUGGUGGGAAAGAUGGUGCAUGCAGUCUCCUUCAGCCCCACCGGCGGUCAGGUUUCGAGGACGCGGCGAGAGGAAAAGUCAGUGUUGGCAGGGUGUUUUUGGGAGAUGGAAUUGAAGGCGGAGGUGGAGCAGGGCAGAUGUGUCAUGGCACAGGCUGUGGUCGUAACAGGCAAUUGCACGGGCAGCGUGGCACAGGAGUUCAUCCUGGACAUUCUCCAAAAACUUGGCAUGCCAAAGAAGCAGGCCAAGGAAAUUACCAGAGACCCAUGCAACAGCAGGCCCUUAUUGGAGUGCAAUGGCAACGGCACCAUCGUUUCAAUAGUCCUGCUUGGAGAACAGCUGAGCGGUGAAAUCCCCAAGGAGCUUGGCCAACUCCAGUUGCUGCAACGUUUGGAACUUGCCAAGAACCGGCUGAGCGGUGAAAUUCCAGAAGAGCUGGGCCAGCUCCACUCCCUGUGGAAUUUAAACCUUGACCAAAACCAGCUGAGUGGGAAAAUCCCGAAGCAGCUCAGCCAUCUUCAGUCUUUGGAGAUUCUAAGACUUGGCCAAAACCAGCUCAGCGGCGAAAUCCCUAACGAGCUCAGCCAGCUCCAGUCUUUGCAAGAACUCGACCUUGCCCAAAACCAGCUGAGUGGCGACAUCCCCAAGGAGCUUGGGCGGCUCCAGUCACUGCGAAUGCUACAGCUUGCCCAAAACCAGCUGAGUGGUGAAAUUCCCAAGGAACUUGGCCAGAUCCACUUACUAGAAGAACUGGUUUUGUCCCAAAACCAGCUGAGCGGCAAAAUCCCCAAGGAGCUUGGCAAGCUCCAUUUACUAAUCAUCCUGCUACUUCACCAAAACCGCCUGAAUGGCAAAAUUCCAAAGGAGCUCAGCCAGCUCCAGUCACUAAGCCUGUUGCUCCUUCACGAGAACAAGUUGAGUGGCCAAAUCCCCAAGGAGCUCAGCCAGAUCCACUCCCUGACAAAACUAAACCUUGCUCAUAACCGGCUGAGUGGCCAAAUCCCCACGGAGCUUGGCCAGCUCCAGUCAUUGAAGGGGCUGCACCUUGCCCGAAACCAACUCCAUGGCGAUUUGAAGGAGAUCAUUUUCAACAGCACACACCUAAAGAGUCUUGACCUGAGUUUCAACAAAUUGAGCGGAGAGCCGGUGUUUUGGUUGCCACUGAAGGAGCUUGAAGAGCUUGAUUUCAGCCACAACCGGCUUACUGGGAGCAUCUUGAAACUGGUUACACCUUUUUGCAGUAUGAGUCCUGCCGGGAUGUCAUUGCAGCAGCUGCGAUUAAACCACAACAAGCUCAGCGGUGAGUUGCCUCCAUGUUUGAUGCAGUUUACAAAUUUGCAGCUCCUGGCUUUGAACAACAAUCACUUCUCAGGGGCCAUUCCAGAAGUGCUGGCGCCCGAGCUGGUGGUGUUGGCUCUUCAUAAGAAUUACUUUACGGACCAUUUGCCAAAGGGGUUGGAAGACUUGGAGCAUUUGGGAGUCUUGACGCUGCACGAGAACAUGUUUAUGGGUGCCAUUCCGCACUUGAACCUCACCACCCCGUGCAUUGACAAUUCGCGAUUCAGUGUGCAAGGAUGGAGUUGCAGCAUGCUGAAAGUCGAUUUUUGGGUUUGCGACCAUCAAUUCUUGCGCACAGUAUUUGGACCCCAUAUGUUUCAGCACAUUGUGAGUAAUUGCCCCGGAUGGUGCGACGCUUGCCAAAGCGGAACGGCCAACAUUACAUUUCACAGGAAUCGCCUGUCAGGUAACAUUCCAAGCAGCAUCAACAGGACUGACGUGUUGGGUCUUAGCAUCAUGGGGAACAUGCUCGGGAAUGGGCGAGAAGUCAACGCAUCGUGGAUACUGCCUGAAGAGAAGCAGCCCUUCCUCUACUAUUCGCCGAAAGUGUGGAACUCUCACACUCAGCUGUUGGGUGGUAUGUACGUCUUGUUCUUUGGCAUGACGGUUUUCAGCUGGCCACUUCGCCAAAAGUGCCUCCAGACAUAUCGUGGCUUGUGUGUAGGGCAGGCAGCUUUGGUGGUGGCUUCCAAUUUGGCAGUGUUGAAGGCCGCGGGAAGUGCCGUUGUAUUGGCGUGCCCACUCUUACUCUUCUUUUGGCGAAAUGCUGGCUACUAUGCCGCUGCACCACCGUUGUGGAACAUAUUUGCUGCCAAUUUUGAAGCAGACCAUGGGGUGGACUCUGCUGUAGUUAGCUGUUGGUGCACAAUGGCAUUCGUUUUUCGCACAAUGAUUGCCAGCAUGCCCAAGCGUUCAUGUUCACCCGCAACUGCCUUUGCCAAAGACAGCCUCCAGGAGCGACUUCUAAGAGUUGUGGCUUGGGUUUGUUGGUUUGGCAUUGUCUUCAUUUGUUCAUUGCCAUCCAUUCUCUUUGCUUUCUCCCAAUCCUUGCCCGCACACAACUCAAUUCCGCUGAGUGAUCUUGUUUUGCAAUGGUUCAACAGUCUUGCUCCUUACCUGAAUGUGCUCAUUGACAUGGUGCUCUCAGCCCCGGUCUCUAAGAAGUAUGCAGCCUUCACCGGCAUUAAAGCGGAUCGGUUACUUAUGACUUUUCGUCUCUUUUCAGCUUGGCUCUUGGCGCUGCUUACCACAGUUGUAUUGGACGAGAACUGCUUAUCAGGCUGGAAAUGGACUUGGACUGUGUGCCAAGUAGGAUCCCCGAACCACCAGAAUUUCAACUGGGCAGUCUUUGGCGAAGAGAUUUUGAACACUGACCAAGACAUUUGUGGAUCCACUGAUGCCUGGUGGUCGGAUGGUCGAUGUAGCCGGGCCAUCAUAGGGAACCUGACGCCCUUCCUCCUCAAAAAGCUCAUGGUUCGAGCAACCCUCCAGCCAUUGACGCUAUUGAUGUUUUGGCACUGUUCGAAGCUGGAUAUGCCUAGAGACGACUUGCAGGGAAGACACUUAAAGCUCUUCGGUCGAUGGCGGAGGACGACCGGCUCGCUGGUGCCUUUGCAGCAACUGUCGCUGCUGACCACGCACAUGGAAAUGUUGAUCGUUUGGGCUCCAUUGGUUCCCUUUCUGGGCUUUGCCAUCCUUGCCGCAGCUCUGGCAAAUCUCUUCAUGUUCGAUGCUGGCCUGUGGAGCUUCCAAGUCACUUUGCCCACGGAUGAGAUGAACAGGGGAGCUGCCAUAUCGACGUCGUAUUUACGAUUUGCCCUCGUGGUCGGCUCCUUCUUUCAGUUAUGGUACGCUUUUGGCACCCAGUUGUUUGGUCGCUAUGCACUGCUGGCCAGUCACAUCAUGGUCAUUGGGCCAUGGGCAAAGCAUUUUUUGCCUGUGGACCUGGUCAGACGUCACUUUUGGACCGAGCAUCAAACUGUCAGCGAUGUGCAGGUCAUCGAGAUGGCCAUUCAGUUGGACCAGGAAGCAAAUGCGUCGUGA